GAUGCCCGAUACAUGUUACAUGUAACAAAGUAUUUUAUAAUAGUGUUACAUAAAAUAUGUGUCCUAUUUUCAUAAUUUACUUAAAAACUGAUAAUUACGUAUUAUCACUCUACUAAUGAAAAAAUAUGUUAUUGUUUUUAUUAAUGCGAUAAAAUUCUUUAAUGCAACCCUGACAAUGAGAACGUCAAAACAAAAGGAAUAAAAAUAUUUCAGUAGGCCAUUUUGUUAUAAGUGAUUUGGACGUGAAAAUUGUGCACUUGAGUGUAUUAGAUUUUAGUGUAUAUCCUAAAAGUAUAAUUAUAAUUUUUUAAGAGUCAGUUUGCUAUAUUAUAAGAUGGGUCGCAAGAAAAAGAAGGCUUCUAAACCAUGGUGCUGGUAUUGCAAUCGUGAGUUCGAUGAUGAGAAAAUUUUGGUUCAACAUCAAAAGGCUAAACACUUCAAGUGUCACAUAUGUCAUAAGAAGUUAUACACAGGGCCAGGAUUAUCAAUUCACUGCAUGCAGGUUCAUAAAGAAACUGUAGAUAAGGUGCCGAACUCUUUGCCGAACCGAUCUAAUAUUGAAAUAGAGAUAUUUGGUAUGGAUGGAAUUCCAACAGAGGAUGUCCGAGAGCAUGAACGGCAAAAAAAUGGCGGUAAAUCAGAUUCUGAUGAUGACGAACCAGCUGCAAAGAAAAAAGUUGAAAUACCUUUAACGGCUCCUCCUCCCAUGAUGAUGCCACCAAGCAUGAUGCAACCGAUGAUUGGUCAAUACGCGCCAAUGGGAUUGAUGUCCAAUAUGCCGCCAAUGGCACCAAUGCCUCCAUUUUUAGGUCCGGGUGGUAUACCAAUGAUGCCACCUCACAUGAUGCCACCGCGACCUCUAUUCCCUGCAACUAUGGCUGCAACAAUGGCUGCAACAACUUCUGCAGCAGCGGUACAUGCCCCCAUAGUUCCACAAAAGCCAACGUUUCCUGCGUACAGUAAUGCCACAAUAAGUGCACCACCAACAACCAACAAUCAAAGUGCAACAGGAAGUAGUGCUGCACCACAUGAGACCUCUAAAGCACCACCUGUACUUGCUGUUGGAAAUUCUGGUAGCAUUACAUCGAAAAUCAUGCAUCCACCAGAGGAUUUAAGUUUAGAAGAGUUACGUGCGCGCAAACCAAAAUAUCAGAAAUCCUACAACUGUGUUGGGAGCAAUAAUCAUAACCAACGGAUUACAUCAAUUAGUGCACGCAAUAUCAAUCAUAAUACAGUUGUCAGCAGCGGAUCAUCUACAACAAUUCCAACAAAUUCAAGUACGUCAAGUGCAGCGGCUGCCCAGGCUGCAGCUAUAUCAAAGGCCCAGGAAGCUGCUGCAAUGGUAGCGGUUGCACAGGUCCAAGCAGCUCAAGUCCAAGCACAAGUACACGCUCAGGCGCAGGCGCAGGCUCACGUGCAAGCAGCACAAGCGCAUGCGCAUGCCCACGCUGCGGCGCAGGUACAAGCAGCGCAAGUUCAGGCACAGGUGGCACAAGCACAAGCUCACGCUCAAGCGCAGGUCGCUCAAGCGGUAGCCGCGCAACAGCAGCAACAACAAAAACAAUUGGAAGAUCUCAAUCGGGCUGUGAUACUGCAACGUCUACAAGCCACACGACCAGGACAUCCGCCAACGGCACUUGGCACAGCCGCUGGCGCAACGGUAGGCAUGAUGCCGUUACCAGGACAAAUGCAACUGAUGCAACCGAUGCUGCGUCCCGCCAUGCCUUUGGGACCACAUACUCCCCUACUGGGUGGUAAUAUGUUGCGUGCGCCUGGUGGUUUGCCGGGAAUACCAGGUUUGCUACCAAUGCAAGCUAUUCAGAUACCACCGGGGAUGCAUAUGCCCGGUAUGGGUGUCAUGUUACCGGCAGGUCAUCCUGUACUGCAAAUGAUGCCACGGUUUCGGUGAUCCGUUGCACAAUAUGCACCGUCAUCACUUUGUUUGGCAACGGCGCUGUUAGGAAUGCGGUUGCCGUUAUUAUAUCCACCAGAAGAAUAAAUACGGAAUAAGCAAUAAUGCAUUUAGCAUCGCCUAAAAAAAUUUUUAAGUUUAAAAUAACUAAAGAAUAUCAAAUGCUAUACAACAAAUAGACAUCACAUGAAAAACCAAUGCAGUGCUUAUUAUAAGUGGAGUCGAUAUAAGGCAAAUUUAUUACACAAUGAAUUAAUGAGCACAUUAUCACCCAGUAGCGAUUAUAAUAAAAUCAAACCACUCAUGGAGCAAAUAUGGCAGUAGAAUGUAACCCUUAUUAUAAAAGGAGCACAACAAAACAACAACGACAAGAACUGUAACAACAAGCAAGUUCAAAUUCCUUUAAACUAUUCUUUAUAUUUACUAGUAAACUUACUUUUAAAUUAUCACUAUUUAAAAGUUAUUAUCACAUAAAGAGUGUACUUUUAAGCAACAUUGUUGUUACAGAAAACAACUUUGUACUUCUCUUAGUUCUUCUAUACGCCCUAUUUUAACCAAAAUCGUAUCAUCACAUCCAAUAAAUAUGUCAGUACAUAAGCAACCAUUCAAUCAUCAAGCCUGCUACGCAAAGAAUAUGGGGGUUAAUGAGCACUUAUGAACAUUGGUAUAUUCAACUAAAGCACUGUGAAAUGCGUUUUGGGUUAAUGUGGUGUUUAAUUAUUGAAUGUUUGAAAUUGUUAACUCUCUUUUAUUAUUUAGUGAAUCCAUUUCAGUUUUAUCUUCUGUUUUUCAAAGCUAUGUACGUACUCAUUUACUAAACAUAUUUGUUUAUUUUUUAGUUAUCUGCGAAUAUUCAAUUUAAAGUAAGAUAAGAUAUUUGUAAAGAAAGUCAUUUUAAACCAAUCAAUGAAACACAAGUAAUAGAUUUAAAAGAAAACGUAAGUUUUUGCAACUCUUGUACAUUGUAAGUGAUUAUUGUUAAGUAUGAAUGUGUCAUAACAUCAUAUAAACGUAUUCACUCAUAUAUAUUUAUUUUACAUUUGGAUUGUCAUGACACAGAGAACAUAAAUUUAUUUACUAUUAACCACAACUUUACAUUUAUCACGUAGAUACUGUCUUUACUAAUAACUUCUAAUAAGCUUUCUCUUUUGCUCUAUUUCUAUGUACUUUAAUUUUUGUUAUAAAAACUAGCGGGUAAAUUUUUAUAUUAAUGUAAUUAUUAAUCGUAAAUAUACCAUAGAUUAGCUUUUUAACAUUUAUUGCCCUCUUACAUAUGUAUACUUUUUAUAAUUAUGAAUUUCAUUUCCUAGCUUGUGCACAAAAUACAUAUGUAUAUCAAACAUUACUCUCGAAUAUGCUCCGGAACAGUACGAGGUAGGAUUGGUAUAUAUGUUUUUUGUGGUUUUCAUUAAAAGCUUAUUAUAAGUAUAUAAACAUCUGUAUAUACAACCAUUUCAAAAAGAAGUUAUAUCCAGGGACAGAAAAUAACAGUUGUUGUAUAAUUUUUUACUCAAAAAUCAAUAUGAAUCCGACCCAUAUGUACGUAUAUGAUGUAGUAGCAGAAAAUUUUUGUUCUUUUGACAAAUUUGUAAAAACUCUUAAAAUUUUAUUUUUAUUUUUUUCCUCAUAAAAUAAUCGUUAUAUUUUGAUUUUUCUUUUUCGCUUAUAAGAUAAGAGUUAUUUCAUAACUUUUCUUUAUUGCUCACAGAAUAAUAGAUAUGCGCUGAGCUGUAAGCAUGAUUCAAUUAUAUAUUGUUGUGUUGUGUCGAUAGCCCAAAAACAAUUUUUUUUUAAUGUAAUUGGAUCCAUAAUGUCAAAAUUAGCUGUUUUCUUUUCUAUUGUUUUGUUUUUAUAAUUCAAAACAAAAAAUUUCAUAAAUUUCAUCUAAUGAAAAUGCGUUUUUUGGGUGGUAACUGAAUGGGGAAGUUUUUAAAUUACAAAUCAACUAAUUUUCACAUUAUGAAUACAAAUAUUUCUUUCGUAAGAGGAAGCACGCUCUGUAUCAACACAACCGUCAAUAAUUGAAUCAUGGUUGUAAAAAACUCUCACGCAAGAAGAGUUGAGUUGUUUUACCUUGACACGCUAUUACUUUCAAAUGGCAAAGACAAACAAAAUCCAUACUCUUCAACUCUAAUUGAGCGAGAGUUAUGAAAAACUCAUCGCAUAACCAUGAUUCAAUUAUAAAACGUUGUGUCGAUAGUCUAAAAACAACAAUCUGUUAAAAAUAAUUCCAUCCAUACUAUCAAAAAGAGCUAUUUUGUUUUACAUUGCUUUGUUUUUAUGAUUCAAAAUUUAGUUGUUCAAAGAUUUAAAUUAAUGAAAAUUCGUUUUUUGAGUGAUAACCGACUCCAAAUCACAGUAAGCCAUCAAAAUAUAAACAUAAAAUUCAUGAGAAAAACAAAAAUAAAAAUCAAAAUAUAACUAUGUUAAAACUUAAUUAUUUUGCCCACUUCCUCAUUACUGUUACGGUCCCUGGUUAUAUCAUUUUUAAUGACAAAAUGUAGAAACUUUUGGAAAUCAGUUUUUGCUUGAAAUUUCCUUAAUUGAAAUACUUUUACCGUAAACAUUCUGAAAUUUUUUGUUCACAUUUUAAUAAAAAUGUUAAUUAUAUUAUGAUGUAAUUUCGUUUAUUAUAUAUAAAGAGGGUAUAUUAUGUUGGCCAAGAAGUUUGAGACACCCAGAAGGAAGAUGUCGAAUAUUCUAUGAAAUAUACUAUAGUCGCUUUAGCCAUGUUUGUCUGUAUUUACGCGAACUAGUGUUUCAGUUUAUGAGAUAUCGAUCUGAAAUGCUUACUCAUCUUUUCCUCUCCAAAAAGCUGCUCAUUUGUCGGAACCGCCGAUAUGGGACCCAUAUAGCAGGGAACUGCCAAACAAACUGAACGAUCAAGGCCAAGUGCUUGUAUGUGAAACUUUUUUUUGGCAUGCAUUACUGUCAGAAGCAGCGCUACUAUCUUCGAAUUAAUUUUAUUAAUGAGGAUUUAAAAGUUAAAAUUUCGCCGGUUAAGAGAGUCCAAUUGUAAAACUUUUAUUAUGUUGAUACCAUAUGCUUAAAGAAAGUCAUGUUUACUUUGUUUGAAGCAGCCGCUAAGUUUAGAUGCGUGUUUACGAGCUUAGUGAAUUUUUGACUAAAUACAAUACUUUAAUGAUGCCCCAUAUUUGUCAGACAUGUUUUCGUGUGACUAUUUCCUAUUUCCAACAUGAAAGAGCACCUUAAAGAGAUGAUAUUAAAAGCUCAUCGCUGAAACAGUUAAAAUCUAUCCCAACAAUCGAGUUUCAUAAGUGUUUCAAUGAUUGGAAGAAGCGCUGGUAUAAGUACGUAAUAUCGAAUAGGAACUAUUUGGUAAUGUGGACAAAUGAAUAAAUGUUAAAAAAAAAAACCAAAUUAUUCAAGGGUGUUACAGAAUAGUAUCGUUAGUGUCACGAAUUCAGAUAUUGGUUUGAUGUUCGAAACAAAAAAUUUAUAGGUUUUGGGUAUCACGGAAACCAAUUUUAUCAGUUUUGUUAUCAGCAAGAAAGAAUAUAGUCUCUAACAGAUUUGAAAUGUUAACAAAUUAAUUUAUUUUAUUGUUACGUAAAUACCAAAAUCCAAUCAAAUAUUGUGACACCAUUAAAAACCAGACAAUUAAGGAAAUCUGGAUUCCAGAACACUCUGGUUAUUUUUAAACUAUAUAGCUGACUUAUGAAUUUGCACAAAUACCCAUAGUACAAAAACGUUUAAUUUUAUAUACGUAAUUACGUAGUAGUGUGCCCUCAAAUGAUGUCAACCUUGUAACAAAAUUUAUUAUACGUUUAUUUAACAAAACUUGACUUUGAAAUUAUUUCAAACUUCUUAUUAUAUUUUCUAUUUUGUUUUAUUACUAUCUAUUCUGUUUUUGUUUUUUAAGAUCAUUUUCAUUCAGGUUUUGGUCGAAAAAAAACCAGACAAUUUGGUCGAUUGAUCAACCUAAUUGAAAAAAUAAACUAAAAUAAAAUAUAAAAACCCCACGAGACAAAUAAUCUAGCCACGGCUUGCAAAAUCUGAAUAAGCGAUCAUUUAAUGUUUCUUUACUAUACGUUUAGUUUUUCGUAAUAUUUGUAAGCACGUAAACUUUAUUAAUUGUACACUUAGAAAGUCUGUCUAGAAAGCAUAUGCUAAUAAAUGUACAUAUCUGAUUUUAUAAUUAAAAUUAUACUACAAGAAAUUUAACCUACAUACAUAUUCACAUCUGUAUAUAUAUAUGUAUGCAUGCACAUACAUACAUACAUACAUCAUAAUUAAAACGUGAAAUAAGUAUAUGGCUCCGUUGGUUGAUUCGCAUAACGUAAUUGAGCGGUUUUCAAUAUACAGGGCAACUGUACGAUUAAAAAACAUACGUAAAAACAAAAAAACAAAUACGUAACUUGAUGUUAAAUUUGUAUUAAAAACUUGUAUGUACCUAAAUUUUUUGCGUAUUCUGAAUUUAAAUUUCGAUCAUUUUAUUUCAUAUGCAUAGAUAAAAGAGAUAAAGGUCGGUACUUGAUUUUAAUUUUUACAUGGAAAUCUCCAAGUAAGUUUUCCCUCCAUUUUCUUAUAUACUAUACUACAACAUUUUAUAAGUAUCGUUUCACGAUGAUCAGUAAGUUCACUGUAUUUUGUAACACAUGUUAAAGUUGCUUAUACUUAACAUACAGCCGUACCGACAAGUAACCGGAAAAUCAGGUAUUAAACGUAAAAUAUAUCUUACUUUCUGUGUCUGGUAUAACCAAAAAUAUGGUUUGGGAUGGAAAUUAUCGACAGAAAUUGGGCCUGGAUUGUUUUUUCUAUGUAGAUACACCAACAUUGUAAACUUUAAUUUAAAUUUUUUACUGCACGACUAAUGACUUUGUAUGGUGCUCUGAAAUUAUGCUCAUUAAUAUCCAUAUUCAUUUACCAUUUACAAGGUACUUGUCUUAGUUGGAAUCAACCAAUUAAAUGUAAAAUAGUUUUUGUUCUUUUUACAUAUACAUAAGUAUGUACAUUACUUUCUUGUGCACCAAGUUAGAGGCUGCAGUAUGUGCGUAUGAAGUUCAGCAUUUCUUUGAAAAUCAUUUAAUUGUUAUUGAAAUAAUAAAAUAUUAAAAAUAUUUUUACUUUUGAUUAAAACUCAGUUUUGCAAAUUAGUUCUCUAUUUAAAGUUACAAGCAUAUACAAAUUUAGAAAAUAACAUCUUGAGAAUUUUUUAUCUUGAUCUUAAAGUUUCAAGAUCAUUUGGCUUUUUAGAACUAUAACUUUUCUAUUCUGCUUUUUAGAUAUAUUGGAAGUAUACCACUAAGUAAUUAAUAUUAAAAUUUCUAUGUUAAUUUUAAAUUUUUGUUACAUUAACUAAUAUUCGAUUCUUAAUUAGGUAGCGAGCUUCCAAUUGCAUUCUUAGUUGUAUUUAAAUAUUUUUUUUGUUUUCACAAAAUUAUAUACAUACCACAUUCUCUUUUGAAAUUUCAAAAUGCUUUGCAGUUGAAAAGUUUGAAUACAUUAAAGUAUAACAGUGAUAAAUUGCACAUAUACAUAUGUACAUAUGUAUAUAUCUUUUCAUAGAACUUAUUGGAAUUCAUAGAUACAUAUAAGCAAUCGUAGCGUCAUGUACAAUAAAUUAUAUGUGUAUAUUAACAUUUCCAUCAACUUUUUAACACGCAUUGUAUAUUAUUAGAGUUUUCGACAUAAUGAGUGAGGUAUUUAUUUCUGUAUAUACUCAUCCAUACAUAUUUCACAUCUAAAUGAACCAUAUACACAUUUUAUUUAUUACAUAUAUCGAGUGACAAGUGAUUGGUUCGCAAAAGUUACCAGAACUGUAUUCCAUAAAACAUUUAUUUAAUUGCGGCCGCGCAAAACUGGUGUUGGACUCUUGACUCGCAGCGGCUUAUCUUGGGCAAACAAAUGCACCUGGUAUGAAGUUAUGCGAGGCUUGGGUACCUCAAUGCAAAGCGGAAAGGCUUGAGCAAAUAUUGAACUCAAAUAUAUACAUAUACAUAUAUAUGAUUCAAAGAAGGCUAGUCAUUAUACUUAAACAAUAGAAUAACCGCAAGAAUUCUUGGUGAAGGUAGCUUAGUAUAUUAUGUUAAACUCGAAAAGCUGUAGGUGGUUAACAUUUAAUUUAUUUUUGUAAUCUAAAAACUUAUAACUUACUAUAAUUUUUUUUAAGUUGUAGAAAUUAAUUUCACUAUUCCUUUCACCAUAUCAAUUUAUAAGCUCUUCUUUGAAAGACAAUCCGCUUGCGUUGGGCGACACAUGAGUAGUUGGUUGCGUUCGCUCUCUUUUUCAAAACACCACUCCUCCGUAUAUUUAACAUGUAUUUCUGUAAUAAUAUUGGUUUAUAACAAUUUUAAGAUAAUAUUUUAUUAACUGUUUUCGUGUGUAAUGAUUCUGCUGCCUGCUAUGUUAUUGGCGUAGUUAGCGAGGUUGCUUUGCGGCUAUGAAUAGGAAGUAAAAUAAUAAGUAAAUAAUUGAUUGGUUCCUCCAUACGUGUAGAAGGUUAAACACCGUUCAGUGAAAGAAAUAUUAAAAGAAAACAUAUGCCACUCAUGGUGAGGAUCAUAAUUUUUAACUUUGAAUGAAAAAUUUAAGAGAGAUUGACGACUUAAUAUGCAUUAUAUGCUAUAAGAAUAUUUUUUAUUAUUUCCUUCCCUGAAUUAUUAACAUUAACUUUUCUAUCCGACUUUUCAAGAUGUUGUUUAUUAAAUAUGGCCCGGUAAAAUUUUUAAUUAAUAUUUUUAGUAUUUAUAGUAUUAUGGGUGUACUUUUUAUUAAACUCUUUUAUAUUGCAUUUAUUCCGUAAUUAAUAUUUGUAUGUUCAAACCUCUAUUUUUCCUAAAUUGUUUUUCCCGACUGCGAGAGCGAGCGUUCAAUCGAAAACGUGUCACAUCAAUUUUGCUGAUUGAAAAGUCCCUUGCAAAAGGUGCGUGCGCAUGCAAUAAAUUUUUUUUUGUUGCUUAUACUGUUUGUUGCAUGCCACCGCUAGAGCAGGCGAUGUGCUAGCGCACAUCAUAGUCAGGUCCUGGGUAAGCCCAACGGGCAGGCUGUUGGACUUUUCGGUCCUUGUCACUAUUUAAGUACUUCGGUCUAUUUUUUGUUCAUCACAUGAAAAUUGAACAUUUUUAACAUUAUUUAAGUUUGUGGAGCUGGAGUUUUUUUUACAGUUGCUGUGCGCACCAAUCAACUGAUUAAAAAGAAAAACGAAUACAAAAUAUGGAAUGCAUACAAUCGUUUAUAUUUUCUAGCUAUAGUUGUAUCGUGUAAAUGCAUAACAAGCAAUUAUGACUAAAACUAAAAUUUGUUACUUUCUGAAAAAUACAUAAACGUUAUAAUUGAAAUAUGCAACAUUAUUUUACUAUAUUACAUAUUUGUGUAACUAAUAAAUGCUUAUUUAGGAGUUAAGUAUUCAGUUAUUUGGAAUAUAAAAUUAUUUCGCAGUUUUAAUAUCUUGGAGUUACACCCUUCAGAUACUUGUGUACUUUCAUAGCUAAGAGUACACUUGAAAUAUUAAAAAAUAAAUUUUUGCAAAAAAAAAGUGAAAUAC